AUGGCGGCUGCUGAGUACUUUGAAGACGAAGUUGUGCUCGACGCAGACGACCUAGAGAAGCUCUUUCAAGCAGCAACAGAGUUUGUUAGGACUAUGAAAAACUUGAGCGAUGAAAAGAGGCUUACUUUUUACGCUCUCUUUAAGCAGGUUUGUUUUCUUAUAACCUUGUGUACGUUUGCUCACGUCAUAUAAGCUCAAUUAAGCUUAAGCUUAAGUUUGGUUCAAAAUAUUUCGUCUUUAAUUUCGCUCCAGAGUAGAUGAAUUUUACAGAUAAGCGCUUUCCCUUUAGCAUAUGUUGAUACUAAAUAGGAAAAAAAGUGUGGGUUCUACUUUCGUGAUUUCUCCCGGACACGAUGAAAAAGUGAUUAACCGUUACAAACCGUGUACCACGGGCAUACAUAAGUUGCAAAAUAUGUCACCGGCCAAAUUUGAUUUCAGGUUAAUUUUGAUUUAACCUUUUGUUCAUUCUCAUUUCCAAUGUUUCCUAGCCCUAGAAGGCAAAGGAAAUUGAGAAUAAACCUAGGGUGAAAAAUUUAAGCGUGAAAUCAAAUUUGACCUGUAACAUAUAAGGUCUUAUGUGCCCCAACCUGUUGAAGUUGUCUUUACUCCGCUUAAUUAUGAAACGGUUGAUCAACACUUUUGUAUUUUUCAUCGUUGUUCUUUUUAUUUGAAAGGCAAAAGAAGGACCUUGUCACACAUCUAGACCAGGGUUUUGGGAUGUAGUGGGAAGAGCAAAGUGGUAAGAGUUGUUAUUUAUACUACUACGGUGGGUGAUGCCCGAUAUACCAAGUCAAUAUAUGCACUAUUGUCUUGUACUAUUGUGUGAAGUUUAUUGUGUUAUUGUGUAAGGGCUAGGGAUCAUUGUUGUGUUCUUUGUGAUGUAACUCAAGACUUGCUUUUCACUUGGUAUAUCGUGCACCAGCCAUGACAGUCGAUCCUCUCCACAAAGGCCAACUUGGGAACAGAGGAAAGUGGCUGUUGUGGAGAGGGUGGCUGUCAUAAGGAGGUAGGGGUGUAAAAUGAGACAUUUUUUAGGUAGUACGUCAUGUUUAUUGUGCUAAGUUCAUGAUUACUGUGUCCCAUAAUGGUAAUUCAAUCAUUUGAUUUGAAUCAAAAUGUUAAAAAUGUGCAUGACAAAACUUACAAGUUUUGCCGCAUUCUCUAUAAGUACCUUAGAUAAUUUAUGCUUACUGGCAUUAUAAAUGAACAAAAUCAAAAUAUGUUUGCCGCGAUUAAUCAUCAAUGUGCCAUACAGAUCAAAUUUCAUGACCAUUCUUGACUUUUUCAUCAGUGUGUUAAUUCGACAUAAUGUGACUGUGAGAUGCAGUGGUUAUGUCAGCCCACAAAUGACCAUCUGAUCACCAGAGUUCUUAGUAGGUCAGUGGUUAGAGCAUCUGACUAGUGUCUGGAAGGUGGUGGGUUCAAUUCUCAUCUAGAACUCAUAAUUUUUUUCUGAGUUCUUCUCUCCACAUGUAUCAUUCUAUUUGUUAAUUGCCUUUAAUACAGCAAAAUGAGAGUAUCUUGGAGAGGUGGUGUGUUCUCAACUUGUUAUAUUUUCAAAACAACAGGGACUCGUGGAAAAAGCUCGGUGAUAUGCCUCAACAACAAGCCGUGGAGCUUUAUAUCCAAGAGCUAUUUGAAACUGACCCAGAAUGGGAGGCAAAAUAUGCUGUAACUGAUGACUUGGUAAGAUAGGUUUACAUGAAGAUGAAUAGGAAUGCUGGUACUGAACAAAAUCUGAUCUCCAUAGUUUUUUAUCAUUUGCAUGGGCAAGCUAGUUGAUUGAUGGUAUUGGAAAAUGGUAAUAAAAACUCAGGACUGGUAAUUUUUGCUCCUGAAUUGCCUUUACCUUUUGUACAAAUCAAUCUCAGUUACUGAAAAACAGUCAUAAAAGCAUAAGACUAGAGUCAAAGAUGGCUUUGAAGAAAUGGAUCAAAGAGUUUGUUGUAGAUCAAGAUUUAAAUUUGAAAAGAAAUUUAAACCUCUUUUCAACUUUAUUCACAGACUGUAAAAGAAGAUGAAAAGCCCGUUCAAAAACAAACAAUGGGCCUUGCAGUUAGUACAUUAAGGGGACAAGAUGGUGGCAAUGAUGAAAUUAUCAGGUAAGUUGAGGUGGCUGACAACAAUGUCCAUAAACUUUUAUCACCUUAACUUUCAUGGAUGUCACUCAGUUGAUCCUAGCAUGGGGUUACCAAACAAAUGUCUGAUAAUGAUAAUGAUAAUGAUAAUUGAUAACAUUAUCAUUGGUCAGCAAGCUAUGGUCAUCAGCAACAGCAUAAUGUUUUAUCCCUGUUAACUUCUUAUAGCUUGACUCCUCCAACAGAAGGGCAGUGCUAGUGGUUUCGGUUGUUCCUGUGAUAAAAUGCACUGAAAUGUUCAUUAUUUGUGCUGUUUUGCUCUGGUUUUCUUGCUCCCAAUGCCUAAUCCGCAUGACAGGUACUCGGUUACUUGCAUGAGGACUUAUGGCUAAGUGGUACCAGCCAGUCUAGUGUCUGGAAUCUCCUGGCCAUCCCAGGCAGUGUGUGAGAGUUUUGUCAAAUGUUUCCGAUUGGUUUUUUGUGUUCUAGAAACUUAAAUUCUGAAAUAAAACUGGGGGGUUCCCAUACCUAUUUAGGAGCAGGAACAACUUGUAUACAUGCAAAUAUGCAAUGAUUCCUUAAAAUACCAAUAUGAUAAAAUUUAUCAAUACAUGCUUUGCACAUGAUUGAUUGAUUGUUUCUUUCUCUGCAUAGGGAAUAAGUAAUGAUAUUAUUAUUAUUUAUUCUAGAUAAAGAAAGUUAUUGCUCAUCAAAAAAGAGAAAAAAUGAUAGGUCACAAUUGUGUAAGAGAAAAUGAAGAAUAACCACUCUCGUCUCUGAUUUAUUUAUACAGUGAUGCUAACAAGACAGUGUUUGAUUGGUGCAAGGAGGGAAAUGUGAAGAAAUUGGAUCUUUUGUUAACAAGAGGAGAAGACAUCAAUGCUCAAGAUGACCAGGUAAUUAAGAAAACAUUGGUUAACUCCUUAUUAAUAGUUAGCUUUGAUUUUUAUUCUUAAUGUGGAAUUUUAAUUUUAAAGCAAAUUUAGAGUAUUGCAUCGAAAUCUGAUAUGUUUUCAUUCUCUGUUGGAUCAUAUUGUGAUUGUUAGGGAUCAUUUUGCUCCACUUAAGGUGGCCUGAACCUGUUUAUAUGCGUUUUUGUUAUGUUUUUUUAUCUUUUAUACCUAAAAUAAAUAACAUUUUCUUAGAGUUCCGUUAUUAUUUAUUUAGGAUGCCAAACAUCUUAGAAAUCGGUUGAAUUGUUCAUUCUGAAAAACGUGAAUUAAAAACAUAACUAACAUGCAUAUAAAUAGGUUCGGGCCACCUUAAGAAGUGUUUGGUUCACUUGAUAGCUGCUAAUCUUCAAUCAGGCUUUUUGUUUCAUAGAGAGGGAAUGAUGCCAGGAUAACAGGUUGAGUACAUUUGCCCAUAAAUUAUAGGGCACUCAAGGAUAUUGGGUGAUUGUAUAUUCAGUAUCUUUAUCUUCUAUAUCCUAGGGAAUGACCCUGCUUCACUGGGCCUGUGACAGAGGCCAUAAGGAUGUAGUGAGAUAUCUUAUAAAAAACAAAGCAAAAAUAAACACACAGGUAGUAGGAACGUUCAUGUAAAGUUUGCAAUAAGUGCAUUAAGUUCCCCCCUCAAGGGUACCCUUAAGGAUGUCAGCCCUUUGAAAAUCAACCUCUAGACCACUGACAUGCACACACGCUGAAAAACAACUGUACAAUACUCAAGUUGUUUUCUAGUGAAAUCUGGACAAAAACAGGAAAACUGUCCAAGACUUUGUGUGCAAUUUUACAUUGACAACAUUUGCUUUUUUUACAUAAGGAAAUUUUGCAGUUUCUUAAUUUUGGUCAUGUACACAAAAGAAAAUUUUGAAAUGAGAAAAAUUGGAACAAGAGGUUUUUCCUUCUCCCUUAAUCUCCUCCUAUUGUCUUCAUUCUGGCAAUAAAUAUGCGCUAUGUAUAUCUCUCCUCCUAUUUAAUAACUUUUAACUAGCACUGAAUGAGGGCAGAAGUGUCUGCUGAAACAUGUAUGCAAAACUUAAAAUGCUCUCGGUAUUAUUUUCUUUUUGCCUCUCUUCCUCAUUGCUAGUGAACUUCAUUGCACUGUAAAGCAAAGACCUAUCACAUAAUCUAAAAUUAUCAGCAAAGUGUGUAUGCGAAACUUCAUCUUCAGAUAGUCUCUAACAGAGACCUUUUUUUGAAAAAAAUAGGAUUUAGAUGGACAAACACCACUACAUUAUGGUGAGUACAUUUUGCUCUUUGUUUAUGCCCACAACAUUGGAGAAUUUGUUGCAGCCUUGGUAGUGUUCCAUUUCUAAGUAAUGAAUGGUUAAUGGAGAGGUUGUUUGAAAAAAAAAAGGUAAAAGAGAACAUUUGAACAUAUGUAGUAAGAUUAAUUUUAUGACUUGAGUAAAGCUACCAUUUGCUCUCUUGAAUGAUUGAGCAUCCAAACCUGAGUCAAAAUCUUUACAUGGAAGAAAUGUUUCAUAAAAAAUAUAAUCCAAAUAAGUGAGAGCUGAGGUUUUUAUACUGCUGACAAUUAGGCAUGCAAGUAAUACAGACUAACUCUGUUUAAAAUACGUGGAUACCUGAUUAUUAGGGAUCCCAUGGAUUCUUUCACUCCCGGAGUCAAUCAUAGAGAUGUGUAAUGCAGUUUGAAUUGAGUCUGUUGACAAAAUUGUAUGUUAUUUAUGCAUCAUUGACCAAGUAAGAGGUCAAGAUAGCUGGUUGUUGGCCAAGUCCCUUUUGCAUUUUUAUGGACUGAGAUGAAGCCGAGGUCAAUGAAAAUACAUGGGUAAUAUUCGGACAUCUCGACCAAACAAGCUUGAUCAGUAAAGGAUUGAUUAAAUGGCCAAAACAAAAUCCGCUUUUGCUGGACAAAGAGGGUAAUCCAGGGUGUGCAAGAUGGCUUGCCUUGCUCCCUAUCUUGCCACUCUGGUAGCCAACCAGAAAACAGGAUUUGUUUCAUCUUGCCCCAUCACAAAUCCAGCCAUACGAAAAGACAAUAAAUUAUUUAUUUAAAAGAAGCCUCUUCAGCUGUACUUCAUAGUGACAGUUGUAUUUAUUUAGUGUGUAGUCCUUCCUUGUUAAUCUGCUAAAGAAAAAUUUCUUUACAUGACCAUUUAAAUGUAGCCCCAUCAGCAGUAAUUUUGCAUGGUACUAUUCAUUUAGUAUGUCGCCUAAACUUGCGACUCUGUGGGUGAAAUCCUACGGUGUUUUGUCUUCAGUAGCCUUUCAUUUUGUCUGUUUGUUGUAAUGUAUUUUCAAAACAAAAAGAAAAAAAUUCUUCUGUAAUUUUGGUGUAGAGUGCUGUUGGGUUGAGUACUUGUUAACCCUUCAAGUCCCAAUAGCGACCAACAUCAAUUUCCUCCUAAUAAUAUCGAUACAUUAUCAAGAGAAAAAGUUAUGAGAAUUAAUAAAUGAUCACCAAAAAGAAAAUGCCUUGAUCUUUUAUUAAAUUCUCUCUACUAAUUUUUAAAGGAAAUGCAUGGGGAUCAGUUUGGAGAAUUUGUACAUUGGUAUUGGGAGUUAAAGAACUUUGUUUUGUAAAUUACAGCUGCCACAUGUGACUUUCUGACAAUAGUAGAAGAACUCUUACAAUCUCGGGCAGAUUGUUCAAUUGCUGACAAUGAUGGCUGUUUACCUGUGGAUGUUGCAGAAAGUUCAGAAGUGAAAGGAUUACUAACAAAAAGAUAUGAGAAUUCAUGA